AUUUAUUGAUGAAUCCAAGAUGGCGGUGAAUGUUGUGAUAUCAGUUUCGCGAGCACGUCAAUGAGCGAAUUUUUAGUGCGGAAAAUUGAUUGUUAGCCAAUCCAUCGCGAUAGAACCGGAAGCAGAGGUGCGUAAGCUUGUCGUUAAUGCGUGGAGUUGUGUGCGGAAACGUCACAGAACCGCUAACUGGCCGUCCUUUUGCCGGAAGUGUUAGCUAGCCAGUUUUUCUCCACUGGGUGAAAAAAAAAGUUUCACCUUUACUACUAUGCGGUAGAGUUUUUCAAGUGAAAAAGAAGAAGAAUUUCAGUGUUCCGUCUUAACCAUUUGCCCUUGGUCAUUUAAGGCGAAUAGAGUAAAUGGUAUUCAGCUAUUGUUGAAAAGGUUUUUUCUCUCUCGAAUCAGUGAUCGAUUACCGGUGUGAAUUUCCUAGUUCAAAGAAUUAAAUACGGUGUCCGAUUGUUUCGAACGUGAGACCAAUUAGAAGAAGAGUAAGAAACCUUUAGUCUGGAAGCAAAAGUUUUCUGUGAUUCUGUUACGUGCGCGGAUCGGAUUUUUGACGAGAAGAAAAGUGGUUGGAAAAUAAGUUUCUCAACUGUUUUCAGCCCUUUGAUUCUCGUCUAGCUCCACACAGAUUCCGAUCGUCCAGAGUGCAUACAAUGUCUAAAGUGAUAACGACAGUUCUACCGUACCACGCAUCCAUUUAGAAAAAAAUGUUUCGUUGUGUGUCAUAAACAACAAAACUAUUCCCGCAAAGUAUUCACGCACAAAGUGAACAGAAUCGUGCAAAACAAUAAUCAUCGCCCUGCCGAUGUAUCUAUCAUCAAUAUAUAUGAGUGUUUUUUUAGGCAGUGCCGAACUGUGCAGUUUGAGAAAAGAGGACUGAUAGGCUAUCGACAUAUUUUAAAGUUUUGAAAGCAUUGAUAGAAAAGUGAUUAAAAAUUGAGCAAAGCAUAGGUAAAGUUCAAUACAAAAUUCUGAAGAAGAGGAAGAAAAAAAUUUCCUCGCAUCACCACCAUCGUCACCACCAUCACCACCGUCAUUCUUCGGCAACGGCGGCGGCGACGGCGACGAACAUAACUACCAGCGGCGAUCAACAGCAGCAGGAAGCGCCACCUUCAUCGAGUCGAAACAACAGUACUAGCGGCAGUAGCAACAUAAGUAGCAACUGCACCAAAAACGACCCCGGUGCCAGACGAAACAUGACCACCGACACCAGACGCCGGGUCAAACUUUACGCACUGAACGCAGACCGACAGUGGGACGAUCGGGGCACGGGCCAUGUUACUUCCAGCUACGUAGAUCGAGUUAAAGGUGUUUCUCUACUAGUCCACGCCGAAAACGAUGGCUCCAUGCUGCUGGAGAGUAAAAUUCACCCGGACACCAUCUAUCACAAGCAGCAGGACACACUCAUCGUCUGGAGUGAGGGGGACAAUUUUGAUCUGGCCCUUAGCUUUCAGGAGAAGGCCGGGUGCGACGAGAUAUGGGAAAAAAUUUGUCAGGUACAAGGCAAAGAUCCCUCCGUUGAGAUAACGCAAGAUGUCGUGGAGGAGUCCGAAGACGAGAGGUUCGAGGAUAUGUCCGACUCGGCGCCUCCUAUCGAGCUGCCUCCGUGCGAGUUGUCUCGCUUGGAAGAUAUCUCCGAGGCGAUUGCUAAUGGUCUAACGUCGCAAAUCCGGAAGGAUAAGCUAGCACAGGCAAUCGAAAGCGAGAACUACAUUAAAAAGUUGUUGAAUCUGUUUCACAUUUGUGAAGAUCUUGAGAACCACGAAGGACUACACUAUCUAUACGAGAUUUUCAAAAACAUUUUCCUACUUAAUAAAAACGCGUUGUUCGAGAUAAUGUUCGCGGAGGAUACGAUAUUCGAUGUGGUCGGGUGUUUAGAAUAUGAUCCGACUGGUAAUCCACCUAAGCAGCAUCGACAGUAUCUGAAGCAAUUAGCUAAAUUUAGAGAAGCUAUUCCGAUCCGCAAUACCGACUUGUUGGCCAAGAUACACCAAACGUACCGGGUACAGUACAUUCAGGACAUUGUGCUUCCGACGCCGUCCGUGUUUGAAGACAACAUGCUGAAUACGCUGUCCUCGUUUAUCUUCUUUAACAAAGUCGAAAUAGUCACAUUGGUUCAGGAGGACGAAAAAUUCCUGGACGACCUGUUCACGUUACUAACCGACCCCAAUACGACCGACGCCAAGCGACGGGACAUCAUACUGUUCCUGAAGGAAUUCUGCAACUUUGCACAGUAUCUACAGCCGCAGAGCAAAGAGACUUUCUACAAGACACUGAUCAGUCUGGGUAUCUUGCCGGCGUUGGAAAUUACGCUAGCUAUUAAUGAUAAGAAAACGAAGGCCGCAUCCAUCGACAUUCUGACGACAAUCGUCGAGUACUCGCCGUCAAUUGUGCGCGACUACACACUGCAACAGUACAACAACUCGGACACUGACGAGGAUCAAACUCUCAUUAACAUAGCGAUUGAGCAGAUGUUGUCUGACUCGGAGCCAGAACUGGGCGGUGCUGUACAGCUAAUGGGAGUUCUACGGAUAUUGCUUGACCCGGAGAAUAUGCUAAGCUCGGUGAACAAGUCCGAGAAGUCAGACUUUUUGAACUUUUUUUACAAGCACAGCAUACAAACGUUGACAGCCCCACUACUACUGAACACCCUCACUGAUAAACCGGCAAACGAGGACUACCACACAGUACAGUUGCUCGGUUUGGUGCUCGAGCUGCUGUCUUUCUGUGUCGAACACCACACGUACCACAUUAAAAAUUGCAUCAUCAACAAAGACCUGCUGCGGCGAAUAUUGGUACUGAUGAAGAGUACACACACGUUCCUGGUUCUAGGUGCCCUCCGAUUCUUGCGGAAAAUUAUUGCUCUGAAGGACGAGUUCUAUAAUAGGCACAUCGUGAAGGGUAAUCUGUUCGUAUCUGUGGUGGAAGCUUUCAUACGGAACAACGGGCGGUACAAUUUACUCGAAUCGGCGAUUCUUGAGCUGUUUGAGUUCAUCAAAAUAGAGGAUAUCAAGUCGCUGUAUACAUACUUUGUAGAAACUUUCGGAAAGAUCUUCGACGAUGUGCAGUACGUGCAGACGUUCAAGACUUUGAAAAACAAGUAUGAACAGCAACAGGAUCGGCUCAAAGAGAAGGAAAAGGGCGGUUUAGACAGCGUACCUUCGAUUUUACGAAACAGCAGCCGCUAUCGACGAGAUCAAAGGCAGCUGGACGAGGAGGAAGAGAUAUGGUUCAACGAGGAGGAAGACUUUUCGGACAACAAGGCCGGAUCACCGGAAUUGGACACUAGCUUAGGUAAAAUGUUCGACAAAAAGUCCCCUGAAUCCUCUCCAACGGCUACCUCCGUUAACGGUCCUAAGUACAGCAGUAGUAUCAGCGCCAAUACGACGAAUUCGCAGCAGUCUCCACUAGCGCAGCUCCAGACAAGCCCACCCCUGAAUAAUAACAGCACUGAUAUCAACAGUAAUACCAGCAUCAGCACGUCAUCGGCAGUAACUACAGAAGUGGCUUCCCCCGUUCAUCCACUGGCAGCAGCAGCAGCAGCGGCGGCGGCAGCGGCAGCAUCGGUAAACGUCAAUUCAACGUCCUGCUCGUCCACAUCCUCCUCCCAGUCUUACACUUCUUCCUCAGUCACCACCACCAGUGCCGUUGCGAUCACGGAAAGUCUGCCGCUGACUGAUCCGGAGAGUACACUAUAUUCUGGUGGAAGUAUGCUACACGACAGCUCCCGUGAAGCAUCCACAGUGUCCACUCCCGUAGCAAUCUCCGAUGCAAUAGAGGAGGAACGUAGCUGCAGUCCGGCCAAAUCGUUCGAAGCAACUAAUUCCCAGCAUAGUUCCACCGAUGCCGGUAGCAGCGAUAACAGUAGUUUGGUAAACUGCUCUAACGAACCUUUAGAAUCUCUUGUGGCUCCAGAGCUAGUGCUAGCGGAAUCGGAUCGAUUAUCGCACGACAGCAGCAACAUGCAGCAGCACACGACGGAACAGCCAGAAGAGAAUGUAAGGCAAAAUUGCAACGAAACUGCCAGCGGUGACGUUGCGGAAGGUUGUUCGCCGACCAGCGGCAAUAGCAGCAAUGGUGAUAUUAAAAUGUCGUCGAUGUCCAAAACUGUUGAUUCGGCACCAGACGUUACGAAACCGGAAAGCGACACGGAUACCUCGUCUGUGACGUCGGCCGCAGUUGUAGGAAGCGUCAAAAAGGGUCUCGUUGAUUACGAGGGCGAUUCGGACGAGGAAGACGACGACGACGACGACAGCGAUAGCCCCGUACAGAAGAAAGCACGAAUAGCAUAGCGUCGUAGCUAUCACCAUCAUCUUCCGCUCCAUCGCCACCGACGAGAACAAAAAAUUAACAGCCGUAACCAUAGUAAUAACCACCAGCAGAAUCAUCAUCAUCAUUAUCACCAUCAUCAACAGCAACGUCAACAACCAGCCGAUGUUGAACGUGUUAACGAUACUGACGUUGUAGCAGUGACCGACAGUGAUUUUUUGCUUGCUGCUGAUGCACCAUCCAUAACAACAAGAACCGAAACAACAAGUUAUACAUAAAACUUAUAAAUACAUGUGUAUCUCUAGAGGUAAAAUUCGCUAAAUUAACGGAGAGCUAGCGGGGGAAAGAGUAAGUCUUAAAGUGACAAAAGGAUAUCCAAAAAGGUGGUUUGACGCAAAAGUACACUCGUUUCCUUUUUUGUUUAGGAAAAAGCAGUAGUGUUUAGGAACAGAAGACGCAAACAAUUUUUAAUUAUUAUACUGGAUAAUAAUUAAAGCUGUAAUUUAAUUAAAUGAAAAAAAAAAUCGGAAAAAACUGAGUACAGAUAAGUCUUAUUAAUAUCAAUACAAAAACAAACAAAAAAAACAGCACCUAAAACCGCGAGAAAACUACUACUUCUAUGAUUACUAUUACCGCUAAGAGUUAAGGUUCGUCUUGCAGGGCGGAAAACUUCUCGCGGCAGAACGGUAUGAACGAUAAUAACUGAGAAACGAAAACCUUUCCCGAUGCGAUGCAUGAGAAUGAUACUAAUUUGGACGUUCAAUUGUAAAAACAAAUCUUCAAUUUGUAGACCGCUGGGUUGCUGCUAACUCUAAAGAAGGCCAAUCACAGAGACAAAAUCAGUAGCUUUUCUAGCAGUAUUUUCGUUGUUUGGCAAGAAACGGAGGCCCACUAAAAAAACUGCCAAAAUCUGGCAAACUUUCUGUCAUUUAUGUAUUUUGUGAGAAACAACACAAAGUAAAAAAAGAAAAAAGCACACCAGAGAAAAAAUUAAACUAAAUCCGGCAAAAUAGUUGGACUAUUGGACAUAUAUAAAUUGAAUACGAUUAUAAGUUGAAAACUGGAGUUAAAACAUGUUAGACUUUUAAGAACAGGUGACAAAAAUGUAAAUCUAAAGCAACUGCGAUAGCGUUGGCCAACUGAAAGGUUCUUUUCCUGAUUUUCUCAGUUAGGACUCGGGGAAUUUUUCCUUUGAACGCGGAUUUUACUCACUAAGUUUACGAUGGUUCACUUUUGUGCGGAAAGACUCUUUCCUUGGUUGGUCUUCAUCUCAUUCUGUUGAAUAAAAAAAAUUAAGGAGAAGGCAGGUAGAAUCGAACGCUUCCACUUGCUUUUUCCUUACGCAUUUGAAUAAACUUUGUUUUCUCUGCCAACAUCUCUAGCUCAGGGAGAGGAUUCUCCAUCGGAAUUAUCCUCUUUCAGACCUAGUCAGAUGAUGGAGUGAUCGAGAUUUGGUUCUGUUUUCCCAUCAUUUGCUGUAAAUAGUAGUUACUUUACUGUAAUUAGCGCUAAGCCAAAUUCUCGUAGGAAAUAUAUAAAAUUGAAAUUAUACGAAUUAUUGCUAGGUAAGUCGAGAUGUAAAUGUUUGAUGAAAAUCAUUAAUCACUAGACUGGUAAAUAAAUUUCUAGAUCCCGGCUCCUUUGGCCGCCAAUCUAUGCAAUGCAUUCGGUUUUCCUUCUCGCUUCAUAACGUAAGACCUCACAUAAGUAAAGAGUCUUUUUGCUGAGAUGUUGUAGAGAACGCUUUGUUUGCUUCCAACGGCACCAACCAGCAGUAAUCAGUUGCGUAUGGCGUAAUUAGGCUCCCUAUUAUGGAUUGUGCGUUGAAUACGACGACAAACAUCUAUCUACCAGAUUCACAGGGUGGGAGAAAUAUUACUGACAUGAUGGAACAAAAAAUGGGAUUAGGAAAAAAAUACAACUUUUUACGAGAGCAGAAGUGAGAUAAAACAGUGAAUGAGGAGGAAAAUAUACAAAAAAUCUAUGAAA